AUGGAGAAGAGUGGUGGCGCCGCCGCAUCUGCAGCCCCAACCGGAUGCUAUAAGUGCGGCCGUCCAGGCCAUUGGUCCCGUGAUUGCCCUUCAAAUCCCAAUUCCAAUAUCCCACCAUCUUCCAAUUCCAAUCCUGCUACUACCCACGACAAUGCUAACCCUAGACCCACAUCGAAUAAUUCAAAAUCCACUGCUGAGAAGCCCAAGAAAGUACCCAGAAAGAGGCCGAAGCUAACCCCAGAUCUCCUCCUCUCCAAUGAUGGGCUCGGCUACGUUCUUCGCCACUUUCCUCGCGCAUUCAAAUGCCGCGGCCGUGGUCACGAGGUUAAUGAUCUGCGGCACCUUCUUGGCCUAUAUGCUGAAUGGCAUUCACGUUUGCUCCCCUACUAUUCCUUUGAUCAAUUUGUGCAUAAGGUGGAACAAGUUGGAACGACAAACCGUGUCAGGCGCUGCAUAAGAGAAUUACGAGACAGAGUUUCCCAUGGAGAAGAUCCAGCAAAGCUGCAUGAGCCUCAAGUUCAACAAGAAAACCCAAGUCACGAUCAAGAUGCUCAGGGUCCUCCAGAAGAGCCAUUUUUUGUUGAGGAAGAUACUUUGCCAAACCAUGACACUGAUAAUUUUCAGGAAGAUAUUCCUCAUGAUAUCUUGGACAAAGCCAUUGAAGAAGUAUUUCAAGGCGGGAGUGUUAAGGCAGAUACAUCCGGAGGCAAAGAGAGCACAAAUGAAACAGUAGAGGAUAAUAGAGGUAGUAGCAGUCGCAAUCAAAUUCAGAUCUCAGAGGACCAGAAAGCUCGCAUGGAAGCAAAUAAAUUGAAGGCAUUAGAGAGAGCUGCUGCUCGAGCCAACAACUCUUAG